AUGCAGAAUCCUACACGCCAAUACUCAACGGGCUCCCUCGAUCAGUUCGAGCCGGUGAUGGUCACCCCAGUGAUUGGAAAUGAAUUCACCAAGGGCACCUGUAACAUCGUGGAUGACAUCUUAAACGCCCCGGAUGCCGAAAAGCGCAUUCGCGAUCUCGCGAUCAUGAUCGCCGAGCGUGGCGUCGUCUUCUUCCGAGCCCAAGACAACCUAACGAACGAUCUCCAAAAACAACUCAUUCUCCGCAUGGGUGAACUAACCGGCCGCCCCACAGGUCACGGACUACACAUUCACCCCGUAACAAACGAUGCUCGCGAAUUCGGCGACCCAGACCCGGCUAUCAGCACUAUCAACUCGGAAGGCCGCAAGAAACUCUACAAAGGAUCAGACUAUACCCGCAUGGCAGCUGUCUGGCACAGUGAUAUCGGAUUCGAGAAAGCACCAGCUGAUUUCUCUUCUCUGAGGUUAGUACAGUUGCCCAAAACCGGCGGUGACACGCUUUGGGCAUCUGGAUAUGAGAUGUAUGAUCGGAUUAGCAAGCCGUUCCAGAAAUUCCUGGAAACAUUGACUGCUAGCCAUGAUGGUGUGGGAUUCCGACGGAUGGCUGAGUCUGGCAAGUUUCAGCUUUAUGAGAACGAGAGGGGUGCACCAGUGAACGUUGGAUCGGAUCUUCGCGCGGAUCAUCCUGUGGUUCGGACUAAUCCUAUUACUGGCUGGAAAUCUAUUUUCGCUGCUGGAUCUUUCCCGCUUGAGAUUAAUGGCUUGAACCGCAAAGAGAGCGCAAAUAUGUUGCAGCAGUUUCAUGAUCUUAUUACCUAUGGUCAUGAUCUGCAGGUCCGCUUGAAGUGGAAUGACCCUAAUGACAUUGCCAUUUGGGAUAACAGAAGCGUCUUCCACACUGCCACUGGUGACCAUGAAGGAUUUGGACCUCGGAGUGGUAACCGUGCUGUCGGAGUUGGCGAAGUACCUUACUUUGACCCAUCCAGCAAGUCUCGCCGUGAAGAUUUGGGAAUCGUGAAUGACCUAGCUCCUUGUCAUCUGUGA